GCACAGGGGAUGUUAACAGUAUUACAGUUGGAUCCAGAACUAAUAUACAGGAUAAUUCCCUCGUGCACGUGGCAAAGUCUAACCUAAGUGGAAAGGUGCUUCCAACCAUAAUUGGUGACAAUGUUACAGUAGGUCAUAGUGCUGUUCUGCAUGGCUGUACUGUUGAGGAUGAGGCAUUCGUUGGCAUGGGAGCAACGCUUCUUGAUGGUGUUGUAAUUGAGAAGCAUGCCAUGGUUGCUGCUGGGGCUCUUGUGAGACAGAAUACGAGGAUCCCUUCUGGAGAGGUCUGGGGAGGCAAUCCUGCUAAAUUCUUGAGGAAGCUAACUGAUGAGGAGAUUGUUUUUAUUUCUCAGUCGGCCAUCAAUUAUUCCAACCUUGCGCAGGUUCAUGCAGCUGAGAAUGCAAAGUCAUUUGAUGAGAUUGAGUUUGAGAAGGUUCUUCGCAAGAAGUUUGCUCAUAAGGAUGAGGAGUAUGACUCGAUGCUGGGUGUUGUCCGUGAAACUCCUCCGGAACUAAUUCUCCCAGAUAAUAUUUUACCAGAUAAGGCAUCGAAGUCUUCUUAAAAAUGGAACUCCGGCUUGUGAGAAAACAAUGCUGUAAAGCAGUAUGAACUGGCUAUAUUUGUCCGUUCUACCUAGAAGUAUUCCUGUUUAGCCUACUAUUUUUCUGGAUAUUCAUGUUUUUGAGUUGCUUUCUUGUUAAAUUCUAAUUAUGGCAGAAAUUAUAAUUUCA